AUGGAUGUACUGCCUCUUUCGUGGAAGUCUUCUACUAUGAGACUGGUAAUCCUUCACUUAUUCAUAAUCCUCUCCCACUGUCAGACGCCUCCUUCAGCAUCUCUUCCAGUACGGAUAACAGUUCCCUCACCGUGGCAGUCUGUCCCGCUCUCUCAGGCUGAUCUGGGCCUUCUAUUCACCAACUCCAGCCCCUUCACCUCCACACAGUCACUACUGGUCUUGCCUCCAUCCGGAACCACCUCCAAACCUCUGCUCCGCGCUACGUUUGGUUCCUACACAGUCACACAGGUGAUGUCUGAGCCGAUUCCUCCCCUGACUUCUCCUCUGACGGCUUCGCUUCUAUCUAAAAGUGUUGUGAAAGAGAUGGAGGCUGAUAGAGGAGAGCGGUUCAGGGUUCGAGUGCUGUUUCACAUGAGGGGUGAUGUUAACAGAGGAACCUGCGUUACUCUGCAUGCUUUCAAACAGACAGAAGAGCAGAAAGCUUCCUGCAUCACUCAGCCACCGUUCGGGUUGUGUGUGGUCACUCUGACACUUCCAAACGACUGGUUUGAGCCCGCUGAGAACACAGAGGCAAAAGCAGACCAGACUUCCAAGCAGCGUUACAUAAGCAGAAACCGCUCUCGCUCCCGUAGCCGAAAGAGAAGGCAUCCACAUGUGCCAGCAGGACACAGGGCCCAGCCUGAUCAAAUUCAGCUUUACUACUCAUCCUUUGGCAUCCUGUCCAUUAAAACCGGACCCCCGCGGUGUGUGGAGGAAACAGUGCAGCAGUCAGAGAGAAAGCUCCUCUACAUUGGUCCUGUGGGACUUGAGGAUCAAGAGAUCAACAAAACCAAGCAAAGCCCUGCAUGUUUAGACACAAAGGCAGAAGAGAAGUUCUGGUUGGAUUCCAAUGUGUUAAUUGUCUACAGCAAAGGGCCUGUGCGUGCUGGACAGCCAAUCAGAUUGUCUGUAAACCUGAGGGCAAAUUACAGUGGAGAGUCUCUGACCAUUAGGCUGAAAGUGAAAAAAGGAUUGCUGUCUCUGGAGGUCCAUCCUGUCACACACUCUGACCUGUGGAUGGUUAAUGUAGAGAGGACAACAGGUUCAAAACACGAUGUUGUUUCCAUCAUUAGCCACAGCUCUGGUGCACUUCCAGACAGAACUGGCUCUUCUGCUCUUAGCCAGGUCUCCUGUCUCUCAUUUGAGGCUUUACACAGAAACUUUGGCACAGCGAUGACUGUCAGUGCCAGCUGGUGGGUGGAGUAUUCAACACGCAAGUUUUCCGUUUCACCACACGGGGCAGUGACGAGCUUCUUCUCCUUUACCGACAGAGACGUUGUGGGCAUCGCUCCCAUCACAGAGAGCAACACAAUUAUCAAUACAGCCAUCCUGACAAGUGAGCCCGUGUCACUUCCUGUCAUUGUCCUAGCGGUGGGCAUAGAUGGCAAAGUUUCCGAUUUGACCACAGCAGUGAAGUGCCAUUCAGCCAAUGAAGAUAUUGUCAAGGUGUCUCAUGACUGCUCUGUGGUUUUUGUGGACGGGAGUGAAUCAGGAAGGGGCAGCAUCUGUGUGGAGCUAGAGUUUUCUUUGGGAAGGCUCAGCGGCACUUUGUGUUUGGCCGUGUGGACUCCUGUUGUUCCUCUGCGUGUGUCUCUCUCCGACUCUGUCCUGAGUCCUAUCAGUGGCUGGAAUUACUACAGUGAGAACGGGUGUGAACCGGUUUAUCAGAGGUCCACUGUACAGAUUUUGGCACAAUUCAGUGCCCAAUCAGCAACUCAAGGUGGUCAACCGACCUACAUGCUCGGAUCUCCAGACUGGUUUGUGGAUGUAACCGAGCUUGUCCGUGACUGGCUAAGAAUUGAAAACCCAUAUAUUGCAGCGCUUGAUAAACAAAGACAUCUAAUCGGCCUCAAGCCUGGACUUACAUCAUUAUAUGUGGUGUCCAGUCAGUGGGAUGGAGUGCUUGGAAGGGCUAAUGUCAUUGUAACCUCUGAACCUGUGACUCCCGCUGACCUCUCUGUUCAGCUGGUGGGAGGGCUUGGCCUGUCCGUUAACCCCAGCCCAUCUCACCCAUCUGUCAUCACAGCAACAGUGAAUGCUCACAAUACACUCUACAACCAUGGACAGGAGGCGUCUAUCAGUGUCUGGAUCCAGUUUAAUGAUGACUCUGCCAUAUUGAUGUCUGCCUUUAAUGCGAUCCCCUAUACUCUACGGCUGUCCUCUUUGGCUGAAUCUGUGGUGGUGGUAACGCCCGCUCCAUCCCAACGCAUUUUGGCACAAGGUGAUGGCGGAGGACCUCUUGUUAAAGCCGAGCUCCUGGUUUCCAGCUGUGAUCCAGCAUCUAACCAUGUUGAACUGGAAGCAAUUCAUAAAGCAAGUGAAGCUAAAAGACUGGCUAAAGGCUCUGGCUGGAUAAGAGUGAACCUAAACAUGGACUUUUGGCCGAUAGGGAGUGAGGAAAGCAACUUUGAGAUGCACGAUGUGACCGAUAUGCUUGUCGAUUCCAACAGUGAUCUGUAUGAUGACUUUGAAGAUCAUGAAAGCAGACUAAAUGCCACAAGUGACUAUGAUAGUGGCAAUGACAUAUUUAAAAGGAAAAACGUGGAGCAGGCGGUGUUGAUUCCUAACCAUGAAGAGAAUGCUGUCUAUUUGUCUCCUGGGGUGGAAAAGGAGAGGAAAGAGGUUAAAACUGCUGAUAGACAGGUAGAGAUUGGCAUUGGAGCCGUCCUGUCUCUACUUUGUCUUUCUUCCCUACUUUUCCUGGUCAACUGCCUACCUUGUGCACUAAGAGAACAAAGGUAUAGAGAAAGACGAGAUGGAAACGUGAAAGACACUGUGGAGGAGGAACCUGGAGAAGAGCAAGAGGAGAAUAGACAAGAAAAACUGCAGAGAAGUGAUAACAGGGAAUAA